UGAGGAGGGCACGCUGGCCGCUGCUGACCCCGAAUGACAUCUCGUCACCCCAAAGCAGAAGCGCCAAUUUCUCCUGCGCCUCCCAGCCCUGUCCUCACGCCCAGAAUCGACAGAGAGGAUGAAUUCUCGAGGUCAGCGAGGGAAGAGAGAGGGCACAUACUCUUGGGGCAGCUGUGAGUGUUGUGGGGACGAAGAAUGCUCACAUCGUCCCCUUGUGUGUUGUGCGUGUAUGUGCUCUGUGCAGGGCAGCGGUGGUGGAGGCUGGAGGCGAGCGCACGUUAGCAUUCCCCAAAUCUCCCUCCCCUCCUGGUGAGAGAAAGAGAGAAAGAGGCACUGCACCCACCUUUGCGAAGCCCUGCCUGGAUGACACCACACAACACGACAAUCACCCACGUAUUGGAGAUUGUCUGCCUGUAUGUGGUUCUUGGUGCGUAUAGAUCCGUUGCCGUCGCCUCCGGCCCCCCCGCAGAUCAAGUAUCGUGUGCGGGCGUCGGGCGCACCCCCUAUGCUCGGGCUGAGAGAGAGUGGUGCUGGUGCAGCCGACACGAUCCCGCCCCCCCGCGCCCGACACCCCUCUCCCGGCCCCAGCCCUUCCCCACCUCGCUCCCUCAGGCCCUCCUCUGCCGUAGCGAAAUCCGUACGAUGGAGGGACCAGGUCGGCGGGGACGCUGCGACGCCCUAUAACAUGUCGGCCGACUUGAUAGCCAUCCAGUCAGACACCGGCUCCGACAGGGCCACCGAGCACUGCCCCUGCUGCCAGUCGUGUGCUGAUGUGGUCCUGCCCAAGACGGCCGACAAGGCGGUGCAGUCGCCCUUGCCCAAGCAGGUGCUGCCGCCGCCGCCGCCCCGGGCCGGCCGCUAUAUGGCCUACCAGCAUCGGUCGAGGGACGGGGGAGUGUUCGACUUCGAUAUUGACGACAUAUGCGACAUUGUCGAGGGCGACGCGGCCACGCCACACCAGCCCUUUCUCGACGUCCCCGCUCGCUUCGUGGAGCUUGAGUCAGACGCGAGCAACUUCGCCCCCAUCCCACCCCACCUGCCGCCCGGCGACUCCCCCCGCCCACCGGAGUCCGUCAUCGCCACGACCAACGUCUUCACCCUCACCGUCGACGACAUUCUCAACAUCACGGCCGUCACACCACCGCAGUCACGGCCGGGAUCCGACCGGUCCUCGCCCCCGCCAUCCGAGGGCGGGGCGGUCUCGCCCGACGAGUAUGACGACAAGAUCGACCCUGAGGAUGACGAGAUGACCACCGCCCCCGCCCGCACACCCGUCACGCCUGAGGGCCAGCUGCAACCCACGCCAGCGUCCCAUCGUCGGCUGGGCACUGACACGUCCGGGGUGCGGUUCCCCGGGUCGCCAGGGUCGCAUUACGCGCCGGUGGAGAGCGAGAGCCCUCUUACGCAGGGCAGGUCGGCGGUGAUGCUGCGGGUGGGCAAUUUUUGUUUCGGGCUGGAGGAUGUGAUUGACAUGGUGGAGGGGCAGGGCGGGGAGCCGCUGAGGGAGACGGUCAGGCGCGAUACGGGCGAGUCGAUGGUGCAGUACCUGCCGGAUGACCUGUUCAGGCAGCUGUGGCCGUGACGUGAUGCUGUGUGUGCGCGUGCGUGUGUGUGCGUGACAGAGAGAGAGAGAGAUCAGAUGGUAUGAUUUAAGCCUCGUGUGUGUGAGGUUUUGCUUCGGUCUGUGUCGGCUUAUGCUAGCAUGUGUUGUGAUGUGGAGUAGUGGGUCGUGGUUUUGGGCGGAGUAGUACAGAGCUAGGCUAGGCUUGCGCCUCCACGCAUACCUACCACCGACCCCUCCCUCAUGGGAUGAAUGACAGCGAGCGGUGAAGAGG